AUGACUGGCAGCCAGUUCACGAGUUAUCAUGGAUGUCAGGGGCCUAGUAACAACAGCCUUGUCUCCAGUAUCACGUUGUUCGUUAUCACUUUUGCAUCUGCCCUCAUCUCGAAUUUGAAGCCCCUUGUAAGGAGCCCGGGUGUCAAGCGCGCAUUAUAUCAGGGUUUUCUUGAUUUCACGAACAGAUUUCAGGGGCGUGAUAGCCCCUAUGGCCGCGAGUUUGGAUUGGGGACAAAGGGUUUGUUGAUUCAAUUUCAUAUGCGACUGGCUCGGCAACAGGGCGAUGGGAGAAAUUACAACCCCCCCCAUGUGGCGCGCGCCCCUUGCAAUCACCAAUCCUUUUCACGAGCCAAAAUACGACGAGAAAAACGAAUCGGGAGGGAAGUUGUUGUUCUGAUGAUUAAGAUGCAUGGCGACAGAUUUGGUAAUAAAGCGGGCCUUUUGCAGAGAAGCGAAAUAAGAAGGAAGAUGGUGGGAUGGAUGACAGUGGCUAGGGAUGGCGGGUUUAUUAGCUCAUGGUAUGAGAAAUAAAUGUAGGCAUAUUUUAGGCUUAGGCAUAGGAACAGAAUCCGACGCUUGACAACGGGCCUGAUGCGUGGUGUGGUGUGGGACUCGUUGUUUCUUCUGCAUUAUUCCAUUAUAAUAUUAACCUUGCAGGAGGUAAAGUCGUCGUGCAUGUCUGCGGAUUUCUUCAGCCACUAUUAAUUGAAUAAUGGUCAAUUAGUUAGACUUCAUUUGCUCCUUUUCCGUUUCUCCGUGUUCGCCCCUCGGCAAAAAUGAGAUAAUUUUGAGACCGUCUAGGAACUUUGAAACAGAUAAAAGUUUGUCUAGUUAAUCGGGCGAGGC